AUGUCAUCUCCCACAAUUAGACUCCUGCCCCGUCAUCUACGGCCUCGUACCCACCAAUACAAUCACGUAAUUCCCGCCUUCCUCUCCGCCCAAUCCUUCCAUUCCUACGAUCGCCCCUCACCCUCCGAUUCACCCUUCCCACCUACGGAAACAAGCAUCCUCCGCGCCUCUCUCCCACAUAUCCCGACUCAUGGUUUUACUCUCGACACCCUCUCUCUCGGCGCCCAAGAUGUCGGUUAUAUACCUGCCGCCACGAAUCUUUUCCCCAAGGGAGCUUUCAGUCUCGCACACUACCAUCUAUACAGUCAAAGACUAGCUUUGAAGAAUCAUACUGAGCUCAUUGCUCCACCCCCGGAAACCGAAGGCAGCGAACCACCAAAGGGGGUAGGGAAAAGAGUCAAGGCCCUAACGUGGGAGAGAUUGAUGGGAAAUAAAGAUGUGAUUCAUAAAUGGCAGGAGGCGCAAACUCUCCUCACCCUCCCCACCAAUCUCCCCACCUCCCUCCGCGAACUUCACGCCCUCUCCGACGAUAUCUGGUUCCUGGCCGGAGACAUCUCUAUCGAUACUUCUUGGUACACCAAGCGUGCUUCACUCUCCACCAUCUACGCCGCUACCGAGCUAUACAUGACGACUGAUAAAUCCGACGGGUUCAAAGAAACUCGGGGGUUUUUGGAGAGGAGGUUUAGGGAUUCGCAGACGCUGGGGGGGAUUGUGGGGGGAAUUGGUCAGUGGGUGGGUUUUACGACGAUGGCGGGGAUUAAUGUUUUGAGGAGUAAGGGGGUUAGGGUUUAG